AUGUCUUCAGUGCUGAAGUUUGCAGUUACCCCUUUCGCUAGAAAUACUCUGGCAAAAAUGCACUACAGUUCGGGGGUCAGCAUUAGGCUUUUGCCCAGUAAUAAGUGCUCUUUUGAAGACCCCGUGCACGUGACUGUGAGUGGCUUAAAUCCACAACAACGCGUGGUUCUGCGCUCUAAAAUCACCGAUGCAAAGGGACUUGUUUUCAAGGCUUCUGCCACCUACCAAGCAGACAACAGUGGUGAAGUUGACCUGAACCGCGACUCUUCUCUUGGUGGCAGCUUUACCGGGGUUGAACCAAUGGGUUUAUUCUGGGCACUAAAAGCAGACGUCGUAAGCUGCAAAUUUGCACUAACAGACGUGACGCGCACUCAACUCGUUGACCUUGAAUGUGUCAGUGACGAUAAAGUCAUCGCUGAAGUUACAAACGAGAGACACUGCAUGGCCGAUGGUCUCCGGAGAAUUCCUGUAACUGAAGGCAGGAUCAGAGGAACUCUUUUUAUGCCACCUGGUAAAGGACCAUUUCCUGGUAUUUUGGAUACCAAUGUGUUUGGAGCAGGUCCAUUUGAAUUGAGGGCAGCUCUGCUGGCAAAAAGAGGAUUUGCUGUUUUAGCCUUUGCUUUCCAAGGUUACCAAGAUAUACCCAAAAAAGCUGACAAAUUUCACCUCGAGUAUUUUGAAGAAGGUAUAGAUUUCUUGCGACAACAGCCAGAGGUCAAAGAUCAAAAAAUUGGCCUAGUGUCCAUAUCAAAGAGUGGAGAUCUCGCUUUGUCAUUGGCAACGUUCCUGCCUGGUAUAUCGGCCACUAUUUGUAUCAAUGGAUGCAAUGCCAAUACUUUGGUCCCGAUCUACUACAAAGACAUCUAUAUUCCACCCCUCAUGUUCGACGUAAAGAAAUUAAAAAUGACACCGUCAGGCCUUUUGGAUAUUGGGGAUUGCAUGAACGACCCGAUGUCCAAAGAAGGCCUUCCUAGCGUUAUUCCCAUUGAGCGUGCCUCUGGUAAAUUCAUGUUUAUAAUGUCAGAAGCUGACAGGAAUUGGCAAAGUGCCUAUUAUGCAAAACUUGCAUGCGACAGACUCAAAGCACAUGGGAAAAAUAACUACGAGCUGGUGAGGUAUGAAAAAGCGGGUCACUUUAUUGAGGUGCCUUACAUGCCCUUUUGUCUCGCUAAUUUUCAUGCUGCAGCUAACCAUGUGGUUUUCUUUGGCGGGGAACCCAAGGCUCAUUCAGAAGCACAGUGUGACGCAUGGCUGAGGAUUGUGAGUUUUUUCAAAAAACACUUGGCGGCUGCUGAUCACAACUGCAGAUCUAUGCUGUAAGAAAAAGGGCAUUUACAGUACAUAAUAGUAGUCAUGACAUCCAGUUAUAAUGUUUACUU